AUGGACCGCCAGCGCAAGAGAACGCUACGUGACCUGAACCUGCGCGUCUGGUCAGGCGCAAAGGACGUCUACGAAGUAGCAAACUCCCUCGAUUCGUCGCUCAAGAAGAACACUGCGUUUAUUAAACGUUUGAGAACCGGGUUAUCAUCUGCUGCACAAGAUAUCUUCCUUUCCGAGAUCCGCGCGUUGUCCCUUCAAAAAUACCUCUCCGAGAUCAUCUCGGCCACGGCUGAGGGCUUGGGCAAAUUGAAGACAGCUGGAGACAUUGCCGCCGGAGUCGAGGUCGUCAGUGCCCUGCACCAGCGAUUCGGACCACAGGAUUUUACCAAGCAGUUGGCAUGGCUUCUGGGCAAAGGGCUGACCCCGCCAGACAAGGCUCAACUCAAGCAGUGGAGCCCUGAAGUCCGUGAACGCGAAGAGAAGGAACGUCUGGUUCGUCACCGGGUCCUUCUUCGAGUUGUCACCGAGUUUUGGCUGUGUGGUAUUCUUAGAAGUCUGGAUGACGUGGACCGACCAGACGAAGCUGCGGCACGGACCAAAGAUGGCACCUCGCAGCCGGAAGUCAAGCCAAAACAGAUCGCGAACGGCCUUCGACCGGAUACCCAUCUGGACCAGGAGCCGUUCCCCUUGGAGGUCUUGAAAGAGUUGCUUGGCCAUGACCCGGAGCAUGCUAAUUUGAGUUUGGCUGUUCUUUUCGUUAAGAACUUCGCUUGGGACGUUCUAGGCCUCAAACCACCCUCCGACGGCAGCCGGAAGACGGUCGAUGCUGAGGGCCAUAUACUUGAGAACGGUAAAGAUGGUGAGGACUCUGCCGACACGGCUGAGGGAGAUGAGCCAAUUAUUCCUCCACCCAUACGACAACGCUUCGUCAACGUCCUCGAACACUACUUGUCCUCCGUCAAAAAUCACGUCAUCCGGGAUCAACGAUCUCUCAACAACCAGAGCCGUCGGAAUGCUGAAGCUUAUGUCAAAAGUGGUGAGAUCUUCGAGGAUAGGCAAGCCAAUUUUGAGAAACAAUCAAAGACACAAGAGAAGCUGGUCGCAAAUGCACAGGUUCUCUGCGAUGUUCUUGGCCAGGAGAUGCCCUAUCUCGAGGAGAAGGACAGUACAGACAACGCCGCUUCAGGAACUGUCGGCAUGAUCAAGACAGGCGACUAUCUUAAGGGUUCGGGUGAAGGCGCAGGCAUCUGGGAAGAUGAGGACGAGCGUCGCUUCUACGAGAAUCUUGUCGAUCUCAAAGGUCGUGUCCCAAGCAUCCUCCUUGACGACUCAAAGAAGAAGGCGGAGACGGAAGAAGCCCCUACUGUGACCACUGACAGUAAGACUGGGAAGCCCUCUGAAACCGAAGACCAAUCGACCGCAAUCGCAAACAAGACAGUGGGCGCCCAAGUCGACGCAAUCCUCAUCCGCCUGCCCGAACUGCAGACCAAGGAGAUGGUCGAUCAAGUUGCGCUGGACUUCUGUUUUGUCAACUCGAAGGCCUCCCGAAAUCGUCUGAUCAAGGCGAUCCAAGAAGUUCCAAAGGGUCGCAUCGAUCUACUUCCGCUUUAUGCGCGCCUUGCAGCCACCCUUGGACAAUACAUGCCAGAUGUUAUUCAGGGACUAAUCUCACAUCUAGAUGAUGAAUUCCGCAGCCUUCAAAGACGGAAAUCCAAAGACUUUCUGGGACAGAUCCGUAUGGCGAAUAUUCGUUACCUUGCGGAACUCACCAAAUUCGGUAUCGUGCCAGAACAUGUGAUCUUUCACUGCUUCAAGGUCAGUCUCGACGACUUCUCCAGAAUGAACAUUGAGAUCAUCGCACAUCUAUUGGAGAAUUGUGGUCGCUAUCUUCUGCGCAAUCCCGAGACCACCCCACGUAUGACAUCCUUCCUGGAGACACUGAACCGCAAGAAAUCUGCACAGCAUAUGGGAGCUCAGGAGCGAAUGUUGAUCGAGAACGCCUUGUACUACGUCGACCCUCCCCAACGAGCGGCCAUCCAGCAAAAGGAUCGGACACCUACUGAGCUCUUCGUACGACAGCUAGUCUACAUGGAUAUGACGAAAAGAAACUAUAUGAAAGUCCUCAAGACCAUUCGCAAACUGCACUGGGAGGAGAAAGAGGUCGUGCAGAUGCUCGAAAAGAUUUUCAGCAAGCCAGGGAAGGUCAAGUUCAGUAACAUUCAUCUCUUGGCUGUGCUGCUUCAAGCACUGUUUCGGUAUCAUCAAGAUUUUGCGAUUGGAGUGAUCGACAACGUUCUCGAGUACGUCACAAUUGGCCUGGAGCAAAACGACUUCAAGUUCAAUCAGCGGAGAAUAGCCGAAGUCAAGUACCUGGGGGAACUCUACAAUUACAAGAUGAUUGACUCAACGGUCGUCUUCGACACCUUAUACCGACUCGUCACAUUCGGCCACGAGGGUGGGACCCCACAGCCUGGCAACUUUACACCUUUUGACCCUCCGGACGAUUAUUUCCGGAUUCGACUGGUGUGCACUAUUCUUGAUACUUGUGGCAUCUGUUUUGACAGAGGUAGUUCUAAGAAAAAGCUUGACUUUUUCCUGACCUUCUUCCAGUACUACAUGGCUACUAAGGAGCCUCUACCUAUGGAGAUUGACUUCCUUGUGCAAGACACAUACUCCCUUGUGCGACCCAACUGGAAACUGGUCACGGACCCUGGAGAGGCUGCGCAGGUCUUUGCUGAAGCGGUGAGCGCAAAUUACAAGCAACAAGCAGCAGAGAAGUCUGCCGAACAGGUGGAGGAUAUGGAGGACUCGGCCUCGGACGAUGCACUCGGCGAUGGCGACGGUGAAGUCGAGGGUGAGGUUGCUCAAUCUUCAGAAGACGAUGGUGAUGCGGGUGUAGACGAGGAUACUGGUGAGGAGAGAGAGGAGGCCGACUCGGACGAAGAAGAGCAGAUCGUGGUCAUGCGCCAAGAAGAACAGCUCGAUCCCGAGGCUGAAGCUGAGUUUGACCGUGCAUUCGAGAAAAUGAUGGCCGAGAGCUUGGAUUCGCGCAAGUUCGAACGUAAGACGCACUUCGACGUACCAAUACCUAUUCGCAAGAUUCAACGAGGACCGAUCGAGCCAAUCGACGACGAGUCUACCCCCGCACCUAGGCCUGAGCCCAACACGAUGGCGUUCUCGUUGAUGACAAAGAAGGGCAACCGACAACAAGCAAGUAGCCCUGAAUCGCGGAGCAUGACUAGGACGAUCGAGCUGCCCUCUGAUUCGAGCUUCGCAGUUUCGAUGAAAUCCCAGCAAGCGGCCGAACGAGAAGAACAGCAGCGGAUCAAGAACCUUGUCUUGAACUAUGAUCUGCGCGAAGAUGAUUCCCAUGAUGGUAUUCCCAAUGGAUUUCCUUGUGGCCCUAUUGAGCAACCCCCGUUAGAGAGGAACCCCAAUACUAAAGGUCUCAAAUUAGGCCCGAACCAUUACAAUCCUCCCCUCAGCCGCUCUGAGAGAUCAGGGCGCCAUGCGCCCCGAGCAAGAAGGCUUAACUUGAGCGACGUCGACUGGUAUGGCAAGAAAACUUCCGCUGAGAAAGCGGAGAACGAGGCACCCAUGAACGCUCGUUCGCCGGCUAUCAGAACUUCCAGAAUGUUUAAGAAGCCAGGCUGA